UUUCAAAGAUAUGCGAAAUAUGAAGCGAACUAGCGAAGUAUGCUAGGUCACUCAAUUGGAGAGACCGAUUUAGGAAUUAAAUGAAAUCGCUGUUGGCUCUUACAAAUAGCGAUCCACAAAACUUUCAUGGAUAUGGAAUGAGUAAAGAAAUAGAGAAGCAAUUAUUACGGACCACUUUGUGUGCUACACUGGCAUCUAGCUGUAAUCAAUGACAAUCUACAUCAAUAUUCACUAAACCUCCAUGAAGAGCAUGGCAAAAGUGUCGUCAACGAGACCUGCUAAUUUAUUCCUAAAACAUAAUUCGCUAUCGGUUACGGGAAUGUUGGCAACCAUGACGCCUUAAAGGUCGCUGAGAUUUGCAAGCGGCGCUGAGUUUGAUAUUUUGCAGGUUGAAAAGUCGCUGUAGACGGAAGAGAUGUAGAGAUUUUACUGGAAACUGUCGAUCUUAUUUGAGGAAUCAUGCAGCUGAAGCACUUACAAACAGUAACAGAGGCAGAGAACUGUGCAUCAAAGGUCCUGGCCAUUGCAUGGGCACCAAACAACAGCAAAUUUGCUUGUUGUAUGUCAGAUCGCCUCAUCCAUGUAUUUGAUGAGAAGGGUGUGAAACGUGACAGAUUCUCAACAAAACCAGUUGACUCAAAGUAUGGGAAAAAAAGCUAUGUUGUAAAAGGCAUAGCAUUUUCUCCUGAUUCCUUGAAGAUUGCUGUUGGUCAAACUGAUAACAUAAUUUUUGUUUACAAGAUUGGCAAAGACUGGGGAGAGAAGAAAGUAAUCUGUAACAAAUUCCCUCAGCAAUCAGCUGUAACAUGUUUGAUCUGGCUCACCAGUGGUCCCAUAAUUUAUGGUCUAGCUGAUGGGAAAGUACGAAUAGCUAUUGCCAAAACCAAUAAAUCACAUCCAUUGUAUAGCACAGACUCGUAUGUAAUUGCCCUUGCACCAAAUUCUCAGGGAACUGGAUUCAUCUCAGGUCAUGCAGAUGGUGCUGUUGUGCGUUACUAUGUCACAGAAGAUGGAGCAAUGGAGAAAAUGGGAAGAGUUGUGAUGCAUCCUGUUCCACCGUAUGCCUUAGCAUGGCCCAAUAAUCAUAUACUAGCUGGUGGAUCUGACAAGAAGAUCACUAUUUACAACAAAGAUGGACAGGUGGCCACACAAUUUGAUUACUUACGUGACAGUAGUGAGAAGGAUUUCACCAUUGCAUGCUGCAGCCCAAGUGGGCAGUCUGUUGUAGUUGGCAGCUUUGACAGGAUACGUGUCUAUAACUGGAGUCCUCGAAAAAUGACCUGGGAAGAGACUAAGCCUAAGGAGAUAGCUAACAUGUAUACAGUCACAGCGCUUGCAUGGAAACGUGAUGGUUCUCGAGUGGCCUGUGGAACUUUGUGUGGUGCUGUAGAGCUCUUUGAGUCUGUGCUAAAGCGAAUGGUAUGGAAAAACAAAUUUGAAAUGGCUUAUGUUGGUCCUAGUCAGGUUAUCAUAAAGCCUCUGAGUACGGAGCUGCAAGGCAUAAUUUUAAAAUCCCAGUACGGAUAUGAAAUUGAAGAUGUUCGGAUCAUGGGUGAGGAUAGUUACGUAUUUGCUCGCACUUCAGAUACAAUACUUGUUGGAGAUCUGACACGUAAUUUGUUAAGUGAAGUUGUCUGGCCAAAUACGGGGUGUCAUGAGAAAGUAUACUUUGACAAUCCUACAGUCUGUCUAAUUUUCAAUGCUGGAGAACUGAGUAUGGUUGAGUAUGGAAUCAAUGAAAUCCUUGCAUCUGUUAGAACAGAGUUUGUUAAUCCUCAUCUUGUAAGUGUACGGCUUAAUGAAAGAUGUAAAGCAUCUGAAAAUAAUAAGAAAUUGGCAUAUUUGCUAGAUCUGAAGACAAUUUGCAUAUUGGAUCUUGUGAGUGGUGCUACAAUAGGUCAGCUGAGUCAUGACUCCAAGAUUAACUGGUUAGAACUGAAUGAAACAGGCCGCAAGCUUCUUUUCCGAGACAAAAAGAUGAGGCUAAAUAUUUUUGAUAUUCCAUCAACAACAAAGUCAUCCAUACUGAAUUACUGCACAUUUGUUCAGUGGGUCGUGGAUAGCGAUGUUGUUGUAGCCCAGUCUAGAAACAACAUGUGUAUUUGGUACAACAUUGAUGUUCCAGAACAAGUCACACUAAUUACAAUAAAAGGAGAAAUUGUUGAAAUUGUCAGGAUGGAUGGAAAAACAGAGGUUGUUGUACAAGAAGGGAGUCAUCAGCUUGGUUAUGAACUUGAUGAGGGACUCGUUGAAUUUGGGACUGCCUUGCAUGAUAAUGACUUUAUAAGAGCCAUUACAUUUUUAGAAAACUUGGGAGAUAAACCAGAAGCUGAAGGAAUGUGGACAAAUCUUGCCAAUAUAGCAGUUGCUGAGAAUAAUUUAAAAAUAGCACAAAGAUGCUAUGCAGCAUUAGGUGAUGUGGCAUGCAGUCAUUUCCUCAAGGAAACCAUAACAACAGCUGAAAACUAUGCCAAAGAGUAUGGUGGUAAUGGAAUGCAGUGUCCUGAUGUGUUGGCUCGUAUGGCAAUGUUCAAUAAAACAUUCAAAGAAGCUGAAGCCAUAUAUAUUGAACACAACAAUCUCGACAAAGCAAUUGAAAUGUACCAGAAACUUCACAAAUGGGAUGAAGCUCUUGAGCUAGCAGAAAUGAAGAGACAUCCUAAGUCUGAAGAAUUACGUAACAAGUAUAUGAAAUGGUUAUUGGAAUCAAAACAGGAAGACAAAGCUGGAGAAAUUAAAGAAAGAGAAGGAGACUAUGAAACUGCACUUAACUUGUAUUUGAAAUCUAAUAUGCCUGCCAAAGCCUCCAGAUUGUUGCAGAAUAAUUAUGAACUGCUACAAAAUGAAGAAAUUGUUUCAAGAGUGAUCUCUGCUUUAGUGAAAGCUCAAUUGUAUGAGCAAGCUGGUGAUCUGUGUGAGAAAGUAAAUGACACAGAAAAAGCCUUCCAGUACUACAGAAGAGGAAAUGCAUUUGCGAAAGCUAUUGAAUUGGCACGAUAUGUAGCACCAUCAGAUGUCAUUAUUUUGGAAGAGCAGUGGGGUGACUUCCUUGUUUCAAAUAAGCAGUUAGAUGCAGCUAUAAAUCAUUAUAUAGAAGCAGGCAAAACCUUAAAGGCACUGCAAGCAGCUAUGGACGGAAAGCAGUGGAGAAAAGCUGUACAGAUAAUUCAGGUAAUUGAUGAUACAGAAGCAGUUUCCAAACACUAUGCAACAUUAGCACAACAUUUUGUUUCAAUGAGGGACUUCUCAACAGCUGAACAAAUGUUUCUUCAAGCUGGUAUGUUCCAGGAGGCAAUAGAUAUGUACAAUCAAGCAGGUGAAUGGGAAAUGGCUCAUCGUUUGGCUACUAAGUACUUAGACUCAGAGAAAGUGUCUCUCAUGUAUAUCAACCAGGCAAAAGAUAUGGAGAAACAAGGAAAACUAAAAGAAGCAGAGAAACUGUAUCUCUCUGUAUCUGAACCAGAUGCUGCCAUCUCUAUGUACAAGAAACAUCAACAGUAUGAUCAGAUGAUGCGUUUAGUGACGCAGCAUCAUCCUGACCUUGUGCAAACCACGCACCUGCAUUUGGCACAGCAACUUGAAGGUGAAGGUGCCUUUAAAAGUUCUGAACAACACUACAUAUCUGCAGGAGAAUGGAAAAGCGCUGUUAACAUGUAUCGUAAUGCUGGAAUGUGGGAUGAUGCUUUUCGGGUAGCAAAAAAUCAUGGUGGUGUCCAAGCCAGGAAUCAAGUGGCUUUCUUGUGGGCCAAAUCUCUUGGAGGGGAAUCAGCUGUAAAACUACUUUCAAAACUUAAUCUAUUGGAAGUAAGCAUUGAUUAUGCGUGUGAAACAUACCAGUUUGACUUUGCAUUUGAGCUGGCACAAUCUGGGCUAAAAUCAAAACUUCCUGAUAUUCAUUAUAAGUAUGCUAUGACGUUGGAAGAUGAAGGCAAAUUUCAAGAAGCUGAAGAGGAAUUUGUCAAAGGUGGUAAACCAAAGGAAGCAGUACUCAUGUACAUACACAACCGAGACUGGGAUAAUGCUCAACGAGUGGCAGAAAAUCAUGACCCUGAAUCAGUAGCGGAAGUCCUCCAAGAACAGGCAAAAGAUGCUUUCAAUAACAAAAACUUUCAACUGUUUGAAUCCUUGCUCUUACGUGCUCAGUUACCAGAACUUAUAAUCAAAUAUUAUCAGCAAUCCGGAAUGUGGGCAGAUGCACUUCGAAUAUGCAAAGAAUAUCUUCCAACAUAUUUGGCUGCUCUGAAAGAGCAAUAUGACAGAGAAGUUGGAGUUAAGGGUUCUAAAGAUGCUAACAGUCUGGUAAGCCAGGCACAUGAGUGGGAGCAGAACAGGGAGUACAAGGCUGCAGUUGACUGCCUUCUAAAGGUAAACUCUUCAAAUACUAGAGAUCAUAACCUUAUUUUAAAAGCGUGGAAUAAAGCAGCUGAUCUGACAAACAGGUUUUUAGAGGAAAAGCAAGCAGUUGAGGUUGCAAAAAUUUUAGGUCCAAAAUUAGCACAGGCCCAGCAAUAUAAUCUAGCUGCUCAACUUUACUUAAAUGUUGACAUGAUUAAAGAAGCAAUAGACACCUUUAUAUCUGCUGGAGAGUGGAGCAAAGCAAAGAAAAUCGCAAAGGAACUAGAGCCAAUGUAUGAGGCAUAUGUAGACAAUCGGUACAAAGACUCACUACGGAAACAGGGUCAAGCUGAUCAGCUGGUGGAUGUGGAUAUUAUUGGUGCUCUUGAUCUUUUGGCAGAACAAGGUCAAUGGGUGCGCUGUCUUGAAACUGCCCAGCCUCAUGGGGCACAAGUACUUCAUAAAUACGUUGCGCUGUAUGCGACACAGCUUAUUAAGGAUGGAGAUCCAAUCAAGGCUCUCAACCUUUAUAUGAAGUAUGAGGCACCUGCAUUCACACAAAAUUACAAUAUUUAUAAACGUAUAGCAAUUGAUAUAUUUAGCUUACCCGACAUGAUGGGGCCAGAUGCAUACAGCACAUGGGCAAAUCUGCGUAAUAUGCUGUUCCAGCUGACUGAGGCAAUGAAAACUACAUCAGAUGCUGGAAGCAAGCUGCAUGAUGAAUUUGAUUUGCUCUUAGUUAUCACACAUUAUUAUACUUCUCGGUGUGCCUUUCGGGAUACUGAGUCUCUAAAACACAUUGCUGCUAAGCUCUCUACAGCGCUUUUGCGACAUUCUGAUAUUAUUCCUGCAGACAAAGCUUUCUUUGAGGCAGGCGUUGAUGCGAGGGCAACUGGCCGUGAUAGUGAGGCUUUUGUAUUUCUCAAUCAUUAUCUUGACCUGUGUGAGGCAAUUGAAGAAAGUAACUUGGAUCUCUUGGAUCACAGUGAUUUUGCCCUGACUGAUUUCCCAAAUGAAAUUCCUCUACCACUAUCUACAAAUAUACCACAGUCUUUGCAUGAAGAAGUGAAGGAGUGGGUUUUGGCUGUAUCAAUGGAUCAAAAAGUGGACCAGGUACUGCCAGUGGAUGAGAGAGGCUUGUACCCUUCAGCACUUUGCUCAAAUGACAGUGCCGGUCCCAUGGCACUUCCCUGUGUAGUGUCUGGAUAUCCUGUCCUCGCUCAGAAGGGCCGCACUCCCAUUGAAUUUAAAAGACCAGGUCGAGCAGCAAACAGAGAAGAUUGGAAUAAGCUGUUGAUGGCUGCAAAGAUGAACCCAGAAUCACACGUGACAGAUAUUAUUGGGUUUAUUGGAGAGUGGUGUGGAGGCACUCCUAGCUUUUCUUUCCAAUGAUAUGAAAAACGAAUCUAACAAAAAUGUUUGGUAUUUGUUUAAUAGUUGAUAAGAAAUGUCCGUUUUUAAUGUAAGGCCGUAAGUUUCCUCAAGUGUGAGCUUCAUGUAUAACUUUUUAAAGGCCAGCCAAGUCACCUUGCACAGUCGUAGUAAUCUACCAACAAGCUGUGUUGCAAUUUCCAGGCAGUAUUGAUGCACUCAUCCAGUGCAUAAAAUGUGCUUUUAACAAUGUACAGUCUUAUACUCUUUAUGUAGUAGUGUGGUGUGCAAUAGCUGUCAUUGGGCACAUGAAAACAGCUUCCGAAAUUUUUGUGUCACUACUUUUAAAUGUGUGUAUUGAGAUUCACUGUUUUUGAAGUGACUGAUUUAUGUUAUAAAGAGUGACAAGAGAAGCCAUGUUUGCAGGUUUGUUUUCAUGUAAGAUAAAAAAAAUACCCGGUGGGCAGACUCAUUUUUAGUAUAACGAAACAAAUUUAUUAAUGGAAUGAAGGGUGAAAGAUAUAAGCUCAUCUGGCUUGGCCUAUCUUUGAAAAUCCAUUGACUAUUCGUAAUGAGACACCACUAUAAUGAAUGUUUUACCAUUUUUGCAUACGCUGAGGAUCUAAUGUACUGAAAGAUGUACUUUCUCAUUUCAUAUUUUUGUGUACUGUAAUGGAUAACAACUGUGAGAAGCAUGGAGUGCACUGAGAGAGUACACUUACUAGUGGUCCAUCUUUGGCUGACAUUUUUUGAGCAGAAUGAAGAGAUUAAAGUUCACAACACUGUUUAAUUAGCAAUAACCUGCUAAACUGGCAACAUGUUACUGUUUCUCAGACACAUGUCAUGCAAAGUUUCACUUGAUGAGUUAUUGUAUAUAUAUGAGCAACCAUGGAAACCUAAAAAGCCAGCUGAUUUAUAUUCAUAUUAUUAUUAAUGGUGAUUCUAAUAAAGAAUGCAGUUUUAAA